GCGAUCGGUGCUUCGUGUUCAACAACGCAGCAAAAACAUGAACAGAUUGAGAAAAUACCGAUCUCAAACGCCACGAAAGUUGCUGUAAUUAACUUUUUAGAUAGGAUGUCGGGUAAAGUGGUGGGAGGAGGAAAUUGUGGGGAUUUUUUCUACACGAAUUUCGUGGCUGUCAAUGAUGUUCGUUGCCCGUUAUCUGAGUGCUCUGAACGCGAUCUACUGCCCGAGUUCUUCGCGGCACAAGAUGUUAACGAGGGGGAAUUGGCCUGGGACGUCUUCAAAAACUCUAUUACUAAGUUACAUAUGGCAUGUGAGGAUGGCUAUUAUACAAGAAUGGACAAACGUCUGGCUGCUAUCUUCGACUAUAUGGAUCGCUACAAUGAAGUAGUAGACGAAGGAAAAUCAAAUGGAGAUGUGUACCAAAUUAAGAAGAAUAUUGAAGAUCCUAAAUGCGUCUAUGAAAGUGAAAUGGCCACACUACUUGUCAACCAUGUGCUGAAGCAGCUUGCACCUGAUUGUCCAUGUUAUCUCGAUGACCAGACUUCCCAUAAGUUGACUGAGUGCUUCUGCGGCUGUGGAACCAGUAUGAAUUAUAUUAACACUAGUAUUGGCUGCAACCAGGUUUUUCAUGGACGAAUUGAUGCUAUUGUGGGUUCAGUUCCAAUUGUUACAAGAAACCUUAGUGACGAUGAAGGUGAAGAUGAAGAAGAAACAAAUGAGGAUGAACCUCCAAGAAAGAAGUUUUGUCUGGGCCAUCGUUCCUCCAUUGCCUUAGAAUUCAAAAAGGAGUAUGGUGAAAAUAAGGCAGGUCUUUGUGCAAUGAAUCAAGCUACAGCCAUUUGUAUUGUAUUUUCAUUUUAUCAGCAGUAUAAUUCUGAUAAGCGAAAGGUACAGGAACCUCAGAGGGGACUGUGCUCUACCAUCCUUCUCUCUAAAAAACAGUUUUCAGUUUGUCUGUAUGAUUCUGUAAAUGACAUACUCUUAAGGACUCAACCCAUGCGUCUGCAAACUAAUGGCAUUCUUGAAAGGCAUGCUCUAUUCUACCUUUGGUGUGUCCUGAGUUGUGACUUCAUAUGUCCUGAUGAACGAGCUGUGAAAUUCAGAUCUGGUUUCCAUGAACGAUCCUCAGGCAUUCACCACUAUCAGGAGCACCUUAAGCUGGGUACUCACUUUCACUCACGUCAUAAGGAACAGAUGGUUGUAAAGAAUAGGGUUAUACUUUCAAGAAUCCCAAAUUCCCUUCGUCCAGCAAAAUUUACAUGUCCUGCUAGUACAUCAUGUACAUAGACACGAUAAUAUUGCCUAAAUGGGCUUUAAGGUAAAGCACUAUGGCCAGGGGUAUUUUCCCCAAGUCAGUUUUGGAAUACUUAUGAAAUGAGUGGAUAAAAAACCAAUGGACCUGAUCAAAUAUCACUUCGGCGUGAGUCUUUUUUUAGCAUCGAUGCCAAAUUCGGACUCGGAGUCCGAAUUUAGACUCGUAGAAUUCAAUUUCUAGUAUCGAAAGGGACCGAGGGAAUAUGCUGCUCCGCGGUAGUAAGUGGAACAUCUUCGUCAAUACUGCAUACAAUUCAUUCCCACUUGGUAGGGUCAUAGUAGCGAGGGUAGGCUAUCAUCUGAUACCACUCAUUUUGCGGUUAUGUAAUCCGUAGAAACACCAUAGCAACCCAAUUUGUAUGCUGUAUCUCAAUCAUUGUCAAUACUUGGUUAUGUCAUCCCUAGCAACAAAAGUCCUAAAUCGAAUGGGAUAGCCCAUCCUUCCUGCUAUCAUCCUACCAAUUUAAAAUUAUUUGUAUACGGUAUGUCCCACUCAUACCGCAGAAAAGUGGGUGUUGCUAUGGUGUUGCUAUGGUGUUGCUAGGGGUUACAUAAUCCAGUUAUCAGAUCAUGGCCCAGCCUCCAAGCUAUCACCCAACCAAGUAUCAAUGAUUCGUAUGCAUCUAUGCCAAAGAUGUCCCAAUUCUAACGCAAAACAAUUGGGUUGCUAUGGUGUUGCUAGGGGUUACAUAAUCCCAAAACAAAUGUUAUCAUAUUAUAUCUCAAUCUCCCAGCUAUCACCCUACAAAGUUAAAAUGAUUUGUGUGCAUUAUUGUCAAAGAUGUCUCACGACAAGCGUUUUGCGUGUCAAAUUCCUAUGAAUUUAAGGACUUUCACUAAAUUUUCUCAAAAUUGCAGCCUAGACUUUUGAAUUUACAACCAUCAUUUUUAUGCAAACAUUCAAAGCAAUCUAUUGAUUGUAUGAGACACUUUCCGAUGUGCAGCGUUUCUUCCCGAUGGGCCGUUUUUUGGGAAGGAUGCCGAAUUUAGAAACGUUCAACGUUUGUAAAUUCGGACUCGCAGCGAGUCCGAAUUCGGCAUCGAUGCUUAAAAAAGACUCACGCCGAAGUGAUAUUGCUCCUUCGUGGUUUAGAGUUUUCACAAAAAAUCAUUACUGGAAGCUGUAGCAUAUUGUAAUAUGUACCCAAAUAACAGUAGAAAUCCAUGAAAAAACUGCAGUAAAAAACAGCCCCGUAUGUCUUAGGUGAAGUCAUUGCAGCUAGUGACAACCUUUCACGUUGACGUUUCAUUGAAUAACUGGUUUUCUGCCACUUACUUUCCAACAGACACAAUUUAUGCCUUGGCAGGAAACCGAUCAUGUGUGAGCCCCUCUUACAUCAACAAUUAUUGGCAUAUUUUAGACUAUUUUAGACGAAGCUUGCAGACCGAGAAAUUCAGCUUACCUAUUUAAAAUCACCAAGCCUGCACUAGAAAUCAUGACUAGCACCAAACUAGACUUUCAGACGACCUCGAUACUUCUGACUGACACGACAUACGUGCGCCUUGGUAUUUUACCUCAAUAAAGCCAUCCUUCCUCAUGUUCAUUGUGAGUGAACGUACAUUUUCCUUCUCAAAACAGGCCACAUGUAUGUAUACUUUAAUUCCUUGUGAAUAAGAUUAGAACCUCUCCUAGCCAUAGCAAGGCCUAAGUAGUCCCGCCCAUCAUGUGAAAUAAUUGUGCUUCGUUUGAAUACCUUACAUUUGAUUUGACCAUAUUCAGUACACACACAUGUCUCAUUGCAUCACAGCGGAAACCACAGAUUGACUGUCAUCCAAUCACUAUUGGUAGGCCUGGUUCGCUCAGUCUAUUUGCGAAUGAAUGGCAAGGGUGGUGGUUACAUACUUCAUGACUUUGGUGGAUCUGCCCAGAUAAAAAUGGCUGCUGGUUCUUAUUCGCAAGUAAUUAGUAUUUUUAAAGCAUCGCUAUUUGGCUAAUUUUUUCACUCCUAGUCUUACUGAACCGCCGCCUACAAUAGUUUUUCAGGGUGACUUCAAUACAUUAUUCUUUCAAUCAAAUCCAGCAAUGUGGAUUCGGUGGGGUGCAGGCUACCUAAAUCAUCUUUUUUGCAUUUACCAAAAAGGCUGAACUGGUUUAUUGCUCGCAAAACCAGGCAGUCUCCACUGUUAUGAAGGCCCAGCCGACUAGGCCGACUGAGUCCAAGGUGACUUUGAUCCAACUUCAGCUCGCUGUAAUGUCAAGUAAUUUUAAAAGGGCAUGUCAACUGAAGGAAAUCACCCAAUCUAAACACAUGCUAAAUUUCAGUUCUGGGCCACAAUGAUAGAUAGCAGCACCAGUUUACACAGUAUGAACUGGUGCUGCCAGAUCUAUCAUUAUGGACAAUAACAAGGAUUAAAAGCGGGUAAUUUACUUCAGGCAAUAUGCCCUUUUUUAAGAGCCAUUGCACGAGAAAUCCAGACAAUAUGACAAAUGUAACUGUUGACCCACUGGAUUGAAAUAAUCUACCUGUUAUGUAGUGGGGGAGGAUACCCAGACUUCACAACCAGACAUGACAGUGGCGCCCCCUGGAAGUUUGGGCCUACUGUGCUGAUACCUUUCCAUUAUUUUUUGUAAAAACUUUGUCUGAAUUUCUCGUGCAAUAUAACAUGUAUAUAAAUAUAAUAUAACAAUAACAAUUAUAAACACUAACUUCAGUAUGAUUGUAAUAUCUAUUAUAAUAACUACCGGUAGCGUUUUAUACUCGUCGCAAAUAGCAUUCCGCGAAGAUGACGUCACUGCAGCUGCUGCCCUCUAUUUCCCCAUCGCUGAAUUACAGGCAAUGUCGGACAAAAUGCGGUUUCGUAAUGGAUUCAGGCUUUCUAACUUGGGCAGUUAGAUUCAAUCUGGCACAUGUCCGAGUGUUGGAAAUACUACAUAAUUGUUCUGAAUAUUUCUCUCUCUGACUCUAUGGUAUCAUUCAUGCUAAAAACAAUGCAGGGUCAAAGAUAAUUUACUUUGGAAUAAGCUCAAAUGCGUAGAAAUAAGUGUCGAUGUCCGCCUGUCACGUGACUAAAACGUCAUCAAUAUCUUAUGCAAAUGAUCUUGUGAGCUAUAAAUAGUAACUUCGCGGCAUGCUAUUGUGUCCUCUAGGCCCGGAUGUAAACCGAUAUAAUCUCUCUAGCUUAUCGCUUAAACACCAUAUACUGUAGAACAGAAUAAUUUCGCGCCGUUAAAUUUUCACUAAUUGCUGAUCAUAGGCCUAUUCGUGACAGGAUAUUUUUGCGAGACAAGGGCCAUUUUUUUCCAGAUUUUUUCGAUGGCAAUAUUUCCAGAAAGGUGCUGUUUAGAAUUCCCCUAAUUCGGCACAUUGCAUAACACGGACAAUGGUUUCGCAAGCACUUGUGUCAAUAAUUUGAGUUUGGCGUCCCUUAUUGAGUUAUUAACUGAAUAAAGGGGCAGGCGACCAGGCUACCAAGCUACCAAAUAAGCUGCUUGGGGGACCAAACAAUGGCUUCUGAUCCGAAAUGAACUCUGAUUUAACACGAAUCGCUGCUGAAUGAAAUCAGGUUAAAAACAGAAGAUUUUCGCGGCAUAAAGUUUUCGUGACCUAGACCCCUCGCGUAAUAUGCGAAAAUAUCCUGCACGCGAAAUUUUCCUGUUUUAAAGUACAUUGUAGCCUCAAAUUACUGUAAAAAUGCUUGCUUGACGGAGCCGGAAAGGUCCUCAGUGAAAGAUGUAAUAUCUGUCAUAAUAUCUGUCAAUCACUAAUAGUUAUUCUUCUCCUUGACCAAUAGAAAUCCUUGAUCAACCUGCACAAUGUCAUGGCUUGAGCAGUACUUGUGGUUUAUGAAUAUAAUCCUGUUUACCCCAUUCUACUAUUAUCUGUGAAUUUAGUUGAUUUGGUGGAUUGUAACAGCUGAGCAUUAAAUAAUUGAGCCUUGAACCUUUCUGACCCUAAACCCAAACUUCUGAAUGGGAUCAUAUUUCUUUAGGCCAAAACUGUAAUUUUUUUAAGCAUUCCUUCAGCGCCUUCAUUGUCACAAGGGCUGACGACAGAGCACUUUCACCAUGGGGAACCAAAUCCAGGUUCGAGGCUAUAUUUUGUCUUGGUUUUAGACACAACCACCCCGGUCGUCCAAAAGAAUGAGACAGCAGAGAAAGGUGGCGAUCAUGUCUGAUUUGACAUAUAUCGCAUUCGGAUCUCCCAAUGCAGUUUUAUAUCUCACGUAAAGGGCAUGGUCACUUAAUGACUUGAAGCAGACAUGUUUUACCAAGUCUAAUUUGAGAUGGUUAGAAUUCAUUUACAAAGCCAACAAUCAAUAGUAAUGAUAGAUUAUAACUUCUAGUACAUCAUGGGCACUUGAAAAUGAAUUGGGAUUGACCAUCAUUAGAGGAAGGGGGUCUUUCGAUUUUGGUUGUAGCCCUACUGUGAUUCACGGUUUGGCCAAUAUGGGGCCAAACGUCAGAAAUACAGCUAGUACCAUAAAUAAGUAUCACAUCGUAGGCCGGCUUCAGCGACACUGUUGAUGGCGAUGACGGGUUCAGUGGACUAGUUUGGAAAAAAUGCAACAGCUCCACCCUUUUAGUAUGCCCAGUUUGUGACUUACGACCAGAGGCGGAUAGAGGAUAUUAGAAAUGAUUGUCAAAGGGUAAAGGUCAAAUGGAUUGCUCUAACCACAGAAAUUUUACUUCAUUGCAUGUGAAAGUGCUGUAAGGAUGGUGUACUUGAUUUUGCUUUGUAAUCUAUGUAAAUGAACUGAUAGUUGCAAUGGGGUUCUUCCCAUUGAAAAUGUUACAUUAUUAUGGCAUGGUAUAUAUAUUAUUACUGUAGGUAUAGUGGGUACAUAUGUUGUGUACACUUAGAUUCCUUUAAAAAAAAAUGUUUUGAUUGAAACAGGGUAUUGUCAUCAUGUUUUAUGUGAUGAUGAAAAUUAUUAUUAUUAAUGAGUUUCCUUUACAUUCGAGAGAUGAUAUUAAAUUUGGAUGAUAUAUAUUGAGGAUUGAACAUGCAUGACAUAGGUUGGCAUAUUUUCUGUCAAUUAGGCCACUGCAAUUAUUUUUCAUGUUUAGCUGGCGGAUUUACCAGCUGGUAGGCGGUCGGAUGUAGGAAAAAAAAUAAAAAUAAAAGUUCUUUGAUAGACAUUUUUUCAUUUUUUUAACCAGGUUUUCGAAGAAAUACCUGGUUAUUAAAUUACCGAAAGUGCCGGGCGGUCGCUGUUCUCUUGUGACACUGAUUACUUUAAAACGACUGGAGAUUUUCUGUUGAAUCUUUUUUUGUAUACUGCUGGUAAGUAGACGUUGGUUCCUUUCGAAAUCCAACUCGAUUUGAUUCAUGGUUUAGCCACCAGAGGGCGCUUUGUGAAAAAACAAAAUCUACCAUAAGUCCCUUUGUAAGGGUGGGUUUCUCACCAGAUUUUUAUGGUAGGCUUAACAGGUGAUGGCACACGAUAUAUCACACGAUUUUUUUAUUUCAUCAAUUUUUUUUUCCUAUAGGUGGCGUGUUAUGAAAAACUCGUAUUGAUUCUCGUCACACUGAUAACUUUAAAACGACUGGAGAUUUUCUUUUGAUUUUCCCUUUUAGCCAUUGACACCCUUUAGAACUCCUAAACAGACCAAGUGUGGGUUCCGCAGGAUGAGCGGUUUGGCCACUAGGUGGCACAGAGCAAAAUUUUCCAAAAACUGUUCCAGAAGCUGAUUUCUCCCAAUUCUUUAAGUUGGGGAUCAUGAAACAAAUCUGAUCAUAGAGAGCAAAGCUUUCUCUUUCAUUAUCAAUAAGCGUAGUUCAUGAAUUUUGCACCAGGUGGUGUUACUAGCACAAUUUAGUGAGCACCCCAUCGGGGGGGCAUUUUAAAUUUUGCGCGAGUUAUCCCAUGUGCAGUCCCACGUGAAGCCAACGACUCCGAGUCUGCGCAGUUCAGAAGCAAGGAGACAGUGCCGGAGAACGCAUCGCGUCAAGCUAUUACACGCAGAUACAAGAGGUAAGUUCUCAUCGAAUUCACAACUUCAUGGGCGAUUUUGGCUGCCUGUGUUAUUGCAGGUAUUGAUGAAACAUUAGGGAAGGCUUGAAUUGUUCAAUUGAUUGAGAUUGAUUUGAGAAAUAGUUUCAUGUAGGAAGACAGUUGCCGGCUUGAACCGAGAUCGUAUGGUAGGCCUACCCGUUCUCUGUUUUUACUGUUCCGUUAGCACCUAUUUUCACACGAAUAAAAGUAAGAUAUGGAUUAAAUCUGGACAUCAUAUAAAGGCCAUACCAAUGACUUUUUUCAAUGUUUCUUGUCACAGUCAGUUACAAGGCCAUACCAAUGAUAUUUUUUAUUAUUUCUUGUCCCAGUCAUGUUAGAAUCCAUGGCCCUUGGGCACAGCAAUAGAUAUUGGUGUCUUGUUAUUACCAUUGCACAUAAGGCCAUACCAAUGAAUGUGUUUUAUUGUUUCUUGUCCCAGUCAGUUAGAAUCCAUUAGUCCUUUGGUCACAUCAAUGGAUAUUGGUUUCUUGUCCCUACCAUAGCAGAUAAGGCCAUACCAAUGAUAUUUUUUUAUUGUUUCUUGUCCCAGUCAUAUUAGAAUCCAUGGCCCUUGGGCACAGCAAUAGAUAUUGGUGUCUUGUCCUUACCAUUGCACAUAAGGCCAUACCAAUGAAUGUUUUUUUAUUGUUUCUUGUCCCAGUCAGUUAGAAUCCAUUAGUCCUUUGGUCACAUCAAUGGAUAUUGGUUUCUUGUCCCCACCAUAGCAGAUAAGGCCAUACCAAUGAUAUUUUUUAUUGUUUCUUGUCCCAGUUAUAUUAGAAUCCAUGGCCCUUGGGCACAGCAAUAGAUAUUGGUGUCUUGUCCUUACCAUUGCACAUAAGGCCAUACCAAUGAAUGUUUUUAUUGUUUCUUGUCCCAGUCAGUUAGAAUCCAUUAGUCCUUUGGUCACAUCAAUGGAUAUUGGUUUCUUGUCCCUACCAUAGCAGAUAAGGCCAUACCAAUGAUAUUUUUUUAUUGUUUCUUGUCCCAGUCAUAUUAGAAUCCAUGGCCCUUUGGCACAGCAAUAGAUAUUGGUGUCUUGUCCUUACCAUUGCACAUAAGGCCAUACCAAUGAAUGUUUUUUUAUUGUUUCUUGUCCCAGUCAGUUAGAAUCCAUUAGUCCUUUGGUCACAUCAAUGGAUAUUGGUUUCUUGUCCCCACCAUAGCAGAUAAGGCCAUACCAAUGAUAUUUUUUAUUGUUUCUUGUCCCAGUUAUAUUAGAAUCCAUGGCCCUUGGGCACAGCAAUAGAUAUUGGUGUCUUGUCCUUACCAUUGCACAUAAGGCCAUACCAAUGAAUGUUUUUAUUGUUUCUUGUCCCAGUCAGUUAGAAUCCAUUAGUCCUUUGGUCACAUCAAUGGAUAUUGGUUUCUUGUCCCUACCAUAGCAGAUAAGGCCAUACCAAUGAUAUUUUUUAUUGUUUCUUGUCCCAGUCAUGUUAGAAUCCAUGGCCCUUGGGCACAGCAAUAGAUAUUGGUGUCUUGCCCUUACCAUUGCACAUAAGGCCAUACCAAUGAAUGUACACUUCAGUUCAGUUCAUUCUCAAUGUUUUCAGACUCGAUGAAUAAUUGAGAAAUGACACACAUUCUAAUAUACUAGUACACAAAAUGCAUCAAUGAUUAAAUACAGAUGUUUGUAGUCUUCAUCACAUAUCUAUGCCUGUAUAACUUCAGUUAUGCUAACUCCAUGAAGGUACUGUAAUUUCUAAAUAAAAACUUCUCGUAUACAA